CCAUACAGAGGAAAGGAGAAUUCUUCCACCUCGAAGGCAUAAUGGUGCAAGACACAUUUGUUAGGAGUGAAGGGAUUUGCGAUGUUAUUGAUCCCAUUCAAGAGCAGAAAGAAACUGAGUUGUUUCAAGCUCAAACUCAUUUGUAUGGCCAAAUGUUCAAUUACUUAAAUUCCAUGUCACUAGUGUGUGCAGCUCAGCUGGGCAUACCAGACAUAAUCCACAACCAUGGCAGCCCCAUCACUCUCCCUGAAUUGGUUUCAGCACUUCACAUUCCACCAAACAAAACUAGUUGCAUAUACCGGCUCAUGCGCAUGUUGGUGCACUCAGGCUUCUUUGCCACCACAAGAGCUGCUAAUGGUCAAGGAGAAGGGGAAGAAGAAGCUUAUGUUCUAACACCACCUUCCCAGCUACUUGUCAAAGAUAACACCAAUUGCUUGUCACCGUUUAUGUCAUUGAUUAAUCCAGCAUUUGUGACACCAUGGCAUUCCUUGGGAGAUUGGUUUCGAGGGAGUGAGCCAACUGCAUUUCAGCAGGCAUAUGGAAUGGCGUUUUGGGAAUACAAUAACCAAAAUCCUGAACUCAAUUGCCUUUUUAAUGCAGCAAUGGCCUGUGAUUCUCAGAUGAUGAACUUGGUUAUUAGAGACUGUAAGCCAAUUUUUGAGGGGUUGGAUUCAAUGGUUGAUGUAGGAGGAGGUACUGGAUCACUUGCCAGGAUCAUAUCCGAGACAUUCCCUCAUAUGAAGUGCACAGUACUUGAGACUCCACAAGUCAUUGCCAACUUGGAAGGCACUGAGAACUUGAAAUAUGUUGGAGGAGAUAUGUUUCAGCAUAUCCCUUCUGCAGAUGCCGUCUUACUUAAGUUAAUUUUUCACGGUUGGAGUGAUGAGGAUUGUGUGAAGAUACUGAAGAAAUGCAAAGAAGCUAUUUCAAGCAAAGAAAAGGGAGGAAAGGUGAUUAUCGUAGACGUGGUGAUAAAUAAGAAGAAAGAUGAGCAUGAAUUAACCGAAACGAAGCUCCUCUUUGACAUGCUGAUGAUGGUUGUGGCUGCUGGAAAAGAGAGAAGUGUCGAAGAAUGGGAAAGGCUGUUCUUGGAGGCUGGUUUCAGUCACUACAAGAUUACAUCCUUAUUUGGUCUAAGGUCCCUAAUUGAAGUUUAUCCUUAGGCCGAAGAAACUAUGUAUUGUAAACUAUAUAGCUAGUAUGAUUGCUGAAUAAAUUUAUGUAUCCUGCUUGAGAAGUUGUUGUGAUGGCACUAGUCCAAGCACCAACCUUCUAUGUUGAUUUAUUAA